GACCAACCUAACCUUAGCCCCAGGAACUCCAAAGCACUUCACCUGCAGACUCUAAUAAAAACGUGCCCCAAUGUCUACCUCUCUCUGUCUGCACUCUGCUUUGACCUCCGCAUAUGGCCCCUCAAGGUGUGCCAGGCACUUCCUCCAGAACUUUUUUUACUAGGUGCUGUUUAUGUGGUACCCUGCUAUGUACUGAAUGUUGUGAUUCUGCAAAAUUCAUAUGUUGAAGCCUAAUCCCCAAUAUGAUGUUUGGAGGUGGAGCCUUUGGGUGGGACAGGCCUUCAACAACUUAAAUCACCUACACAUGGAGCACAAAGAUGAUGACGACGAUGAUGUGUCUUUUGCCAAAUGGAUGAGCAGCUUCUGGGGUCACAGCUGGAUAGAAGAGAACGAGAGAGGACUCCGGGACCAUCAUGGACCACAAAAUGCCACUCACAGGAAAACCUCCCUGCCCUGCCCAUUUCCUGUGCUUCCCAGAAUCACAUCGUCUGACAGCCAUCCCAGAAGACAUUCUCAUGAGGACCAGGGAUUUCAAUGCCAUACCCACAUGUUGGAUUACAGAAAAUGCUCAGCAGAUGAGUCAUUCAAGGAGGCACUGGAAUCAAAAGGAAGAUCUCAUUCCAAAAUUCAAGCAUUUUCAGAGUCCUUUGAACAGAAACUGUGCUUUAGAACCAAACGCUCCGUCUCUUUGGGGCCUGAGAGCAGGAAGGAGAGGAGAGAAAGGGAAUGCCUGAGGAUGGAGAUAAAAUCUCGAAAGAAAGUGGAGGAAAGAAGGAACCCUAGGAAGGAAGAACACGGAGAAGCACACAUGCCCCCCUUGGUUAAAAGAGAGUCCAAAUAGUGUUUCCAUAUCAUGUCUCCAGAUGCCAGGUUUUGGUGGCACUUGUGAAGGAGUGUCCGGAAAUGCUGAGUGACUGCAGUGGUCCAUCAGUGCAGGGCUCCCCAAGAUGACUCGCGCCUGACUCCCACUGCUUCUGAUGUCUUAGUCCGAGAGUGUGAUCUGCUAUGUGGUCCUUUUAUGGGAAUAAAGAAAAGAAAAUGUAUUUUAAUAGAAGAAGUGAUUCUUAAAAAUGUAAAGAAAGAUAUUUAAAGAGCCACCAACGCAUCUUCACUAACUCUUCUUCUGUAUCAACCUUGCAAAUAAGUUUAAAUAAAAGUCAUUGAUGUGACUCUAAGUUUA